AUGGCCCCAAGACAAUCCAAGACCGCAAAGCGGAACAAGACCCAGAACAAGACCAGGGAAAAUGAAUCGGAUGUGGUUUCAGACUCGGCGGCUAGAAACUUGCUCGAAAGCCAGCCAAAGUUGACUCCCAAAUCAAAAGUAAAGAAGCCAUCGAAGCAACAAGUCAAGAAACAACAGGCAAAGAUACGGCUAUAUGGAGCUAAAAACGGCAAGGAGUAUAGAGAAGAGCAGCUAAAUAUACCGGUGUUGAACAGAGCCAUCGUUCCCGGGGUCAAGGCCAAGCGAGGCAAGAAGGGCAAGAAGUUUGUUGCUGACAAUGACUCACUCACGUUGAGCAGGCUCGUCAAGAGCAUCAAUGACAAACACGACCAAGUCAACGAGAGCAAAUUGGAAAAAUCCAGGAGAUUGGAAGAAAUACGAGAGCUCAAACGACAGGAAAUCGAGCGCAAGGAGCAACAAAAGAGGGACAAGUUGGACGGCAAGAAGGACGAGUUGCGGAAUAGGGCCUCUGUUGCUAGAGCUACACGGAGGAAGAAUGCCAAAGCGGCGCGCAAAGCUGACGAAGAAAGUAAACAUGAACAGUCACUGCAAUCAGCACCACCACCACCAAAGAAGAAGAAGAAAGUCUCAUUUGCAUAG